AUGACCCGCUCCCGGCGACAAGUGGAGGCCGCCCGGAAGAAGCGGGUCCAGGGAGGCGGGUCGGGGAAGAAGGACCCGGGGGUGCCGCAGCUGGGCCGCUUCGCUGCCCACGUCCAGCAACAGAACGAAAACAGGCAGAAAAGGGCGGCGGAGGCAAAGCGUCGACGGGAGGAGGCCCGGGAGAAGGAGGUGGGAGGGCGGCGGAGCUUGGCCGGGCUGCAGCGGGACGCCCUGCGACGGCAGCGGGAGUUCGAGCGUAAGGAGGUGGGGGUGAGCCAGCCUGACGCGCAAGAAGAAGCCUCGCUGCGGCAGUACGGGCGGGAGCUGCGCAAGGUUCUGGCGGCGUCCGACGUGGUGCUGGAGGUGUUGGACGCCCGCGACCCCCAGGGCUGUCGCAGCCCCCAGUUGGAAGCCGCCGUCCGGCGCGCCGGCCACCGCCAGCGCCUGGUGCUCGUCCUCAAUAAGAUCGACCUGGUGCCGCGGGACGUGGUGGCGGCGUGGCUGAAAUACCUGCGAGGCGAGUUCCCCACCGUGGCCUUCAAGGCGUGCACGCAGCAGCAGAGCCGCAACCUGAAGCAGAGCCGGCUGCCGGUGGCUACGGCGCCGGAGGAGGUGCUGGCCGGUGCUUGCGUGGGUGCCGACUGUUUACUCCGCGUCCUGGCUAAUUACAGCCGCUCCGGGGAGGUGAAAACCACCAUCACCGUGGCGUGGUGGGUGAGGUACCCCAAUGUGGGCAAGAGCAGCCUCAUUAACAGCCUGAAACGCAGCCGGGCCUGCGGGGUGGGGGCGACACCCGGCGUCACCAGGUGCCUCCAGGCGGUGCAGCUGGACCGCCACAUCCAGCUGUUGGACUGUCCCGGCGUCGUCAUGGAGACGGGGACCCCCCCAGCUGCCGCCCCCCUCCGGGGGGCCCUGGACCCCCAGCGCCUGCGGGACCCCCUGGGCCCCGCCGCCGCCAUCCUGCGCCGCUGCCCCCCGAGCAGGUGGCUGAGGGAGCUUUACGGGGUGCCCCCCUGCGCCGACCCCCGGCAGUUCCUGUCCCACCUGGCCCGGCGACAGGGCCGGCUCCGUCCUGGGGGGCUGCCGGACCCCCACGCCGCCGCCGUGGCCCUGCUGCGCGACUGGACCAGCGGGAAGAUCUCCUACUACACCCGCCCCCUGAACACGGGGGAGCAGCUGGAGGCCCAAAUCCUGACAGCGCUGGGGCCGGCGCUGGACCUGGAGGCGCUGGAGAGGGGGGACGCCGAAGCGCUGGCGGCUGUACCAGCGACGGUGACGGGCAUCGGGCUGUCCCCGUGUGUCCCCGAGGCGGAGGAAGAAGAGGAAAAAUCCGGCGGGGAGGAAGAAACAGCCAUGGAGGAUGAGGAGGGCGACCUGGAGCUCGGCGCGGUGACGGUGGAGCUGAAGCCCCGGGUGAAGACAGGGGGCUGCGGGGAGGGGGUGGCACCCCGUGCCCCCGUUUGGAGGAGGUGGCCGCCCUCGACCCCUGCUCCAGGGCCAGGGCUACGGGCUGCCAGCAAAAGGAGGAAAAAACUGCAAAAAAGAGCGGAGAAAAUCGCCACGAAGCUUUCGGAGACGCUGGAGGCGGCCAUGCAGUUCUGAGGACGAGGCGUUUAUUAUAUUAUUUUU